AUGCCAUUGGCUUCCUGCAACAGUAUCGCCAAAAUCCCUACCCCUCCUCCGUUUGGUCUCGAGCUCGAUUACCUUCCCAACGUGCAUGCCGUCACAUUUCUCCUGUGCCCAGGAGGCGUGCCCUGGUACGCUCUCACAAAAUGCCUGGAAUACCCUAACGUCACGUCCAUUUCCAUUGACAAAGACUCGGCGUUGAUAUGCACCCCACCGUCCCCCAUCCCGUUUGACCUGUCACCGACAUCCCAUGGCUGUCGGCUCACAGAAUUCAUAUACACCCCAUCUCAGUGGCGUGAGACGCAAAGCCGGUUGCGGAAGACAAACAUACAGCCAGCGUACGCCUACGAGACGAGCUACCUCCGCGCGCUUGUUCUUGCCAUGUCCGACACCGCCGAGUCGGUCACCCUCCCUGUCGAGACGGCGCCGCUCCUGGAGAUGGCCAGUAUGGACUGGCCGCACCAAUGUCGCGUCAUCCCCCUCCUCCUUCUGCGCAUGCCGAACCUGCGCUCCCUCUCGAUCAAAGUGAUGCAGUGCCAAGGGAUGCGACGUCCCUUCCUGCUCAAGAAGCUUCCCGAUGCCAGCUACCGUCUACGGUCGCUGACCGUCUCGUAUCCGAACCCGGAGGAUCCGAUUUUCUCGUGUGUCGGAGACGGUCUGACUUCCCUCUCGCUUCGUGAUAGUCCGAGGCACUACUUUGCGUCUCGUUACAGCCGUCGAUAUCUCCCCGCAAUAUUCCCAAUCCUCAGGGCGUCCGAAUGUCUAGCCAUCCUGAAGCGCGUCUCCGCCCCUCGACUCUCGGUACUUGAACUGGUCUAUCAGACCGACGCCGCUGAGGAUGAGCUCCUCCAGUAUCUUCCAACGGCGUUCCCCCUUCUCCAGGAAAUCGAGUUGCACCGAUACAAAGCAUCCCUCAAAGACACCGUCCCCUACCUGCAUAUCGCACAGACGCUCAAGCUCAACAAGUAUCUACGCGCGCUCUACCUCAACGUCGACGUCAAAGACCGUUCGUUCCGAUACGAGAUCCUCCGCGCCGACCUGGGGAAGGACCGCUGCGAACGGGGGCAGGAGCUUGUGAGCGUCUUGCAAAGCGGCGCGUAUUUCGAGUACGUUGCGCUGCCCCUCCACACCCACAAAGCGGGCACCUGGAUCCUGUAUCGUCCGGCGUGGUCGCCCCACGGGACCAUCGACCAUAACUCGCCGCAUGCGAUAGACUCGUCUGCGUAUCUUCGUAAGGGCAAAAAAUAUUCUAGAUAAUGCUCAGCUCUUUUACGGUACCGCCAUCUCACCAGCGUCCCUGACUUCGGUUGCAUUUUUCCCUACGACGUGGAAUUAUGGUAUGAUUUGUACUGCC